AUGGUCCUUGCCAUCUUCACUAUUCAUGCAUGCAGUGACAAGACAGACAGAGAAGGCCAAGAGGCCCAAAUUGGGGGUGCUGCUCUUUCGAAAGUCGGAGCCGGUGAAGAUGACGACACUGUGGAGUUUGGUUAUUGCCUGAAAAGACGUUGUCUUCACGGAUCUACCGAGUCAAAUUGUUGGUGUUGUCAUAAACAGGGAAACCAAGAACCCAAGUGUUGGCCUCAAGAGGAAACUUGUCGAGCAAUCUGCCUUGGCAAUCAUUGA